CGUUGUUGUGGUUUGUCUGUAGAAUCUCAAGAAAUUCCCUGAAAAUGCCGAGAAGUGAAGACAAUGUUCGUGUGGUGGUACGAUGUCGUCCCAUGAAUAACAAAGAGAUAAGUCAAGGUUUCAAACAGACUGUCAAUGUUGAUAGAGUAUCUGGACAGGUAACGAUUACAAAACCUCAAGCUGGUCAUGGUGAACCACCCAAGGUAUUUACAUUUGACACAGUGUUUCCCACAGACACAAAGCAAGUAGAUGUGUACAAUGAAACAGCUAGACCUAUUGUGGAUGCUGUGCUUGAAGGAUACAAUGGUACAAUCUUUGCAUAUGGACAGACAGGCACAGGAAAGACAUUCACUAUGGAAGGUGAAAGAAAUAAACCUGAAAUGAGGGGUGUCAUCCCCAAUUCAUUUGCUCAUAUUUUUGGCCAUAUAGCAAAAGCAGCUGAAGAUGUCAGGUUCUUAGUCAGAGUAUCAUAUCUUGAAAUUUACAAUGAAGAUGUCCGUGAUUUACUUGGAAAAGAUCAACAUGCAAGACUUGAGGUUAAAGAGCGUCCAGAUGUGGGUGUCUACGUUAAAGAUUUGUCAGCAUUUGUUGUAAACAAUGCUGAUGAUAUGGACAGAAUUAUGACUAUGGGCAAUAAAAACAGAUCAGUGGGAGCAACGGACAUGAAUGAACACAGCUCUCGCUCACAUGCCAUCUUUUCUGUCACCAUUGAAUGCAGUGAACCAGGACCAGAUGGAAAGCAUCGUGUCAGAGCUGGAAAACUGCAUCUUGUAGAUCUGGCUGGCUCUGAGAGGCAGUCAAAGACUGGUUCUACAGGACAGCGAUUGAAAGAGGCCACUAAAAUUAAUCUCUCUCUCUCAACACUGGGUAAUGUAAUCUCAGCUUUAGUUGAUGGUAGAAGUACUCAUAUUCCAUACCGUAAUUCUAAAUUAACCAGACUACUACAGGAUUCCUUGGGAGGCAAUGCAAAAACAGUCAUGUGUGCUAACUUUGGACCAGCUGAUUACAACUAUGAUGAGACAAUGAGUACAUUACGAUAUGCAAACAGAGCUAAAAACAUCAAGAACAGUGCCAAGAUAAAUGAAGAUCCAAAGGAUGCAUUACUGCGUCAAUUCCAAAAAGAAAUUGAAGAGCUGAAAAAAAGAUUGGAAGAAGACGGUGAGUACUACUCAGGGUCAUCUGGUAGCGAGGAAACUGAUUCAGAUGAUGAGGGAGAAGUUGGAGAAGAUGGACAAGUGAAAAGACGAAGAAGAAAAAAGAAGAAAGGUAGAAAAAAUCUGUCUCCAGAGAAGAUGGCGGAGAUGCAGAAAAAGAUAGAUGCGCAGCGCAAGACAUUAGAGGACACCAAGGGUAUGGCAGAGGAAGAAAGAAACAAAGCACAGUCAGAGUUAGAAAAAAGAGAAAGUGAACUACAUAAGGCACAACAAGAACAUGAUUCCUUGGUGGAUAAACUGAAAGCCAUUGAGAAAAAAGUAAUUGUUGGAGGAGUUGAUCUGCUUGAGAAAGCGGAAGAGCAAGAAAAGUUACUGGAAGAGUCAGCUAAGGAGUUGAAUGAAAGGAAGCAGAAAGAAGAAGAAAUGAGAAAACUGCUUCAUGAAAAAGAGCAAGAAAGAAUGGACAUAGAAGAGAAGUAUUCAAAUUUACAAGAAGAAGCUGCUGGAAAAACUAAGAAAUUGAAAAAAGUCUGGACCAUGUUGAUGAGUGCAAAAUCAGAGAUGGCAGAUUUACAGCAGGAACAUCAAAGAGAGAUGGAAGGACUAUUAGAAAACGUACGUCAGUUGAGUAGAGAGCUCAGACUACAGAUGGUAGUCAUUGAUAGUUUUAUUCCACCAGAAUUCCAAGAUAUGAUUGAACAGUAUGUACAUUGGAAUGAGGACAUCGGUGAAUGGCAACUGAAAUGUGUAGCAUAUACAGGUAACAAUAUGAGAAAGCAGACACCACUUCCAGAUAAUGUUAAUAAUAAAGAGAAGACGUAUGGUGAACCUGAUCUUUCUCACAUCUAUCUAUCAUACACUGGUGAUCCCGUACAUCAACAGAGAAAUAAAUCAGCUAGGACAGGCAGACCAAAGACUGGAUCAGCAAGACCAAAGACUGGCAAAAAGAACAGAAAGUCAAUGGAUAUAGAUUCAGUGAUUGCUCAGUGAUGAGCUUUUCCUGGAUCAACAUGACAUCAUUGUAAUACCCUCCAUCUUAGAGCAAAGACCCAAUCACACAUAUGAAUAAAUAUUUGGAGUUAAACACAUUAAGUUUUAGAACGCCAUUGUUAGUAUACUGACCAUUGAGAUUCUCACGAAUUCAUCCCAUGCCCUGAUACACUCAUGAUACUUAUCUUAAAGGAUAAGUCUGAGCAAACAACAGUGAUUCCAGAUGAAAAAGCUCCACAAAUAAAGGAGAAUGCAAUUUACAUUUUUUUUAUAUCACAUUUUAUUCUCUAGAUAUUUUCACCAGUAUUAUGUAGUCCACCAUCUUGAUUUUCCAGCAAAGGAUUUUGGGUAAAGUAUGACAUCAUAUCCAUAUCAUCAUUUGUGGCUAUGAUGUCAUAUUUUAGCAAUCAUACUUUAUGAUGUUUGCGUGGGCUUUUCCUUUAAAUAAAAGUAGCAUGACAUCAGCAGCUUGUUAUCAUAAUAUGGAUGGUUUAUAUUGUCUUGUCACUUUAUUGUAAAUUAUUUUUAUGUUUAAUUUAUACAUGCAUGUGUUGAAAGCAAUGGCAGUACAGUACUUUGGUUGUAUGUGUGAAGCUGACAACUCAUAAGUACACAGUGUAUUGUAUUGGUGUGUAUAUAUUGGUCACAGUAAUAUAAAUAAGUCAAGAGAAAUGUCCUUGCUGUAUUUCAGAUAAAGUGAAGUAUUUAAUUCAUGCUCCUGUGUGUGUGUUUUUAACAUUUUCACAAAUGAAAAAGUCAUUUUUUUAUUUUUCCAAUCAACUGAACAGGAAUUUAUGUACCAUUGUGUUUGGGUGUGUUCCAAUUCAGUAGUGUUUUUUAAGGCGGGAUAGUUGAUUCAUGUAUUCUGUCAGUAGCUUGAUGUUCACUUACCACUUCAUGUGGAAGAGAAGAUGUUCCAUAAUUGAAUUCAUGCCACUUGUGUCUUUUUUAUUACCAUUCACAUUAUGGUAAUAUGUUUAUUAUAGUGUAUGGUGACUCUUAAUGGUUACCCUUGAAUUUCAAGUUAAUAUUUAUUGAUUAUUGUCACUAUAGAAGAGUUUUUAAACACUCCUGUGAACUGCAAGUAUUUUGCCCUAUGUCUAUAAAGUUUGUUAAACAUAUACCAAUAUGUGAUAACCUAAGUCUUUCUGAAAACUACUACCCCCCCCCCUGUCCCAUGCAUAACAUUGUACCCCAGGUGCCUCCAUCUGUUUUUUCAGUUUCUCAACCAGGUAGCAAACAGAGAUAACAGAUAAAGGCAGCUGGGGGUAAUGAUACUGGUAUACGUAAACUUUACAUUAUGAUCAUGGUUUGUUAUCUACAUUUUAUGUUAUAUGCCAUAUUUCUUCUAUUGAAAGUGCUAUGCAUGAGUGAAUUUUCUUCACUGAAGGCACACAUACUUUAAUGUUUGUUAACCUCGACUUUAUCUAUGCUCAGUUGGAAACUGAAGUACAUCCCUAAUAGAUGAACUAUGGUACAUAUUAUUGCAUUGCAAUUGUUCUAUAAUUUAUAUGUUUAAUAUAUUGAGAGCAAUCUGUAGGGUCUGUUUUGUACAUAUAUUAAAAUCAACUUUGUUUUUUGAUGAAUAAAUUAUAUUGUUUUUCUUGUACACAAGAA